AAAUUUGGGAGAGUGGAUAAAGAGGAGCCUCUCCAGGAGGCUGUGUGCCGGGGAAGAGAAGCGAGUCGGUACACGCACCGUGGUGGUCGGACACCGUCCAGUUUCGGAAACAGAUGCGUACGUGGCACAGAAGUUCUGCGACAACAGGAUUGUCUCAUCCAAGUACACCCUCUGGAACUUCCUCCCGAAGAACCUUUUUGAGCAGUUUAGAAGAAUUGCCAACUUCUACUUCCUCAUCAUCUUCCUUGUGCAGGUGAUAGUGGACACCCCGACCAGCCCAGUGACCAGCGGGCUCCCACUUUUCUUUGUCAUCACGGUCACAGCUAUCAAACAGGGAUACGAGGACUGGCUGAGGCACAGAGCUGACAACGAAGUGAACAAAAGCAAUGUCUUCAUCAUCGAAAAGGCAAAGCAAGUGCAGAAAGAGAGUGAAAAAAUCAAGGUUGGAGACAUAGUAGAAGUGAAAGCAGAUGAGACCUUUCCCUGUGACUUGAUAUUUUUGGCCUCAAGCAGCAUUGACGGGACCUGUUACGUCACUACGGCGAGUCUUGAUGGCGAGUCCAAUUUCAAGACUCACUACGCAGUGCGGGACACCACUGUGCUCUGUACGGAUGAAGCCAUUGACACCCUCACUGCCACCAUCGAGUGUGAACAGCCACAGCCUGACCUCUACAAAUUUGUUGGAAGAAUUAUCAUCUACAGAAGCAACCAAGAGCCCAUAGCCAGGUCUUUGGGUCCUGAAAACCUGUUGCUGAAAGGUGCUACCCUCAAAAAUACCAAGAAGAUUUAUGGAGUUGCAGUCUAUACUGGAAUGGAAACGAAAAUGGCUUUGAACUACCAAGGGAAAUCUCAGAAACGGUCUGCUGUGGAAAAAUCUAUCAACGCUUUCUUGAUAGUGUAUUUGUGCAUCCUAUUGAGCAAGGCUACUGUGUGCACGACUCUGAAAUAUGUCUGGCAGAGCAAUCCAUCUAAUGAUGAGCCUUGGUACAACGAAAAGACUAAAAAAGAGAGGGAGACGUUCAAGGUCUUGCGGAUGUUCACGGAUUUCUUAUCCUUUAUGGUCCUCUUCAAUUUUAUUAUCCCAGUCUCCAUGUACGUUACAGUAGAGAUGCAGAAGUUCUUGGGUUCCUUCUUCAUCUCUUGGGACAAGGAGAUGUACGACGAAGACAUAAAAGAGGGGGCGUUGGUGAACACCUCAGACCUGAACGAAGAGCUGGGGCAGGUGGAGUACGUCUUCACGGACAAAACCGGGACCCUGACGGAGAACAGCAUGGAGUUCAUCGAGUGCUGCAUAGACGGGCACAAGUACCAAGACUGCAUUUCGGAGGUGGAUGGCUUCUCUCAGACCGAUGGGCCUCUAAAAUAUUAUGGCAAAGCAGAAAAGAGCCGCGAGGAGCUGUUCCUGCGAGCCCUCUGCCUGUGCCACACCGUGCAGAUCAAGGAGGCAGACCAGGUGGAUGGGCUGAUAGGACAUCCAGAACGCAAAUACACCUAUAUCUCCUCUUCCCCGGAUGAAAUUGCUUUGGUGAAAGGCGCAGAAAAGUAUGGUUUCACUUUUCUAGGACUUGAAAAUGAUUUCAUGAAAAUACGAAACCAAAAGAAUGAAACCGAAAUGUACCAACUUCUCCAUGUGUUGAACUUCGAUCCUGUCCGUCGUCGUAUGAGUGUCAUUGUGAGAACCACUACGGGAAAGUUGCUUCUCUUCUGUAAAGGAGCAGAUUCCUCUAUUUUUCCAAGGGUGCAGCAGGAAGAAAUCCAGCAAACGAAAGUCCACGUGGACCGCAACGCUAUGGAUGGCUACAGAACGCUUUGCGUGGCAUUCAAAGAACUAACACAAAAGGAGUAUGAGAAAAUUGACAGACAACUUAAUGAAGCUAAGAUGGCUCUGCAGGACAGGGAGGAAAAGAUGGCAAAGGUUUUUGAAGACACAGAAGCAGACAUGCACUUGAUUGGGGCUACUGCGGUAGAAGACAGGCUGCAGGAGCAGUCGGCAGAGACGAUAGAAGCUCUGCACGCAGCCGGCAUGAAGGUUUGGGUGCUGACGGGUGACAAGAUGGAAACUGCCAAAUCCACCUGCUACGCUUGCAGGCUUUUCCAGACCAGCACCGAGCUGCUGGAGCUGACGGCGAAAACAGUGGGCGAGAGUGAAAGAAAGGAGGAUCGGCUCCAUGAGCUGCUGAUGGAGUACCAUAAAAAGCUGAUUCAGGAUGUUCCCAAAAACCGGGGAGGCCUGAAGAGGUAA